AUGGAACGGGAUCAAGUGCUCAUGUUCAACGAACGUGUCAGCAUCGUCUUCCCGGACAUACAGUUUACGAUGAAGGGGGAAGAAAACAAUCAGCUGGCCUUCCGUGGCGUAUUCGUCUGCUGCAAAGAUUAUGGUAGCCUAAAAACCAGAAUGCUCAGGAAACCGACAAAUGCGGUGCAAGUAUUGAACUUCAACAGCAGCCACCCAUCAGCCACAAACGCAGUUGCGUAA